AUGGCCUAUGUUUCUCCAGCACGCGUGAAAUGGGCUACUUUUGUUUUUUGGAACUUCUUAGAUCCCACAUUCCGCUUGCACUUCAGGUACUACCAGCGGAAACUAGCCGUGGAUCGGUAUCUGGAAAGGCUCGGUGUGGUAGCGAAUGUUGGUAUUGGUGUUACUUUUGGGCUUAUGUUCUACAAUCUCCUGAUCGCCCGCUUUCUUCUCCCUCGUUCCGUCAGCUCAGGACAUAGCAUGGAGGAGAACGCAAAUGAGGUACUCCGCGUGUUGAAAUACGAUACGACGAAGGAGCUUCCUGCGUUUUUGCUCAUGCGUGCAAAGCGCGAGGUGAUAUCUAAGCUGCAUGUCGCGGCUGAUAAGGCCGAAGUGAAGCGACAGCGCGAGGAGGUGAGGAGGCUCCUUGACAGCAUUGAUCAGCAGCGGUUACCGAAGUAG